UCGAGAAGACAGCCCAAAUGCAUGCCUGUCUCGUUUGAUCAUUCAGUUGUAGAGAGACAAAGAGCGUCUCUUCUUACUGUGUGUGUGAGAGAGAAAAGAUAAAAUUCUCAGACCCACAAGUACGUACAGUGUCAUUAAAACAGAAAAAAAAAAAGAAAAGAAAAGCAUCAUCAGCGAGACAAAGCGAUAAAGUUGCAAGACACAGCGCAUAAGCCAUCACUCUCACUUUGUGUCGUGUUUUCUUUAGUAUUUCAUUUGGACCCCAAUUUUAUUUAUUUUUUAAUUCCAAAAUAUAUAUAAACAUAUAGGAACUCAUCAUUCCACUCUGUUAAAUCUUCUGUUUUAGUGGUUCCCUUGAUGCUUGACAUCAAAGCUACACUCAAUCAUUUUCAGUGGCUCUCUUGGACUCUUAAAAUUAAAGAUAGAUAUUGGGUUUCAAAAAAUUCUGAGAUAUAGCUUUUCUGUUUGUAGGUGACUGUUUGUUCUUUUCCUUAACAAUUUCCUCGAGUUUGGUGUUUCAAGAAUCCCUUUCUCCUGCUUUUUAAGAAGCUCUUGGGACUGGUGAGUUUCAAAAAUCCUUUCUUUUUGUAGUUGUGUUAAUUUCUUGAGACCUGUAUUGUUAAAGGUUUAAUCUUUUGUUUGUUGUACUCUUUCAGAUUAAUAAAGAAAGAAACUUUUUUUUUCUUUAUUGUUAAAGUUUUGCAGUAGAAUUGGUUUAGAAGGAAGAAAAAUGAGGUCUUUUGAUGUUUUGUCACAAUUCUGAUAUUUUCAUUCUUAUAAUCAAAUAGUUUCUCAGCUCUGAGUUGUCGGCCUGAUAACAUAUAGUGGAUGUUGAAGCCAUUGUUUUGUCUUUAGGUGUCCAGUCUUGUUGUCUUUGGAAAUGCCAUUAUAAGUGAAUUAAUUGUGCUUUGAAUUUUGCAAAGAAUGGCUGAAAUUAGAGUUAGAAAGGUAGAACAAGGCCAAACCAAAAUUAGGAAUGUUCCAAUUGCUGUGACCCCAGAGGGUUUCUGGUGUUGUCCCUCUCCCAAUGUGUUUCAGAAGAGCCUCAAAACACAGAAUCCUUUAAACAAGCCCAAAUCUCCUGUUCCUACAACCCAAACCCCGGCUCACAAGAAACAAACUUCAGUUACUGAGAAAAGACCGGCUAGUGCAGCACCUAAAUCAGGUAUUGUUUCUGAUGAAAAAAGAGGUGUUAGUUCUGAUACACCCGUCGUUAGUGCAUCGGUGCCUGCAGAGAGAACACCUCGAUCAAAGGUUGAAAAUGUACCAAGGAAAGUAUCGAUUGAGUUUGGUGAACCAGGAACUAGCGAUCUCAGGGUGAUCUUGCUAGGAAAGCAGGGGUUCACUGUGAAGUUGAAUGUUCACAAGAGUAUUCUGGUAGAAAAUAGCAGUUAUUUUGCUAAUAAAAUAUCAGAACAGCAGCCGGUUUUUCCUUGCAUUGAAAUUGAUGAUUGUGAGGAUGUUGAGAUAUAUGUUGAAACCGUCGGCCUCAUGUAUUGCAAAGAAUUUAAGCAGCGGCUGAUCAAACAAAGUGUUUCUCGUGUUCUGCGUAUUAUCAAGGUAGCAGAACAACUUGGAUUUAAAUCAUGCAUGCAGUCAUGUUUAGAGUAUUUGGAAGCAGUACCAUGGGUUGGGGAAGAAGAAGAGGAGAAAGUUGUUUCAUCAGUCCUACGGCUGCAGAGUGAGGGAAUCGGAGUGACCCCUGUGUUAAAAAGGGUGUCAUCUGAUAUUUCUAAGCCUCACAAGGACACAUUCUCUCACAUCCUAGAGCUGGUGCUAAAAAGUAAUGAAGAGAGAGGCCGCCGUGAAAUGAAAUCCAUUGUAUUGAAGCUCCUCAGGGAGAAUAACAGUCUUCCAAGUUCAUCUGACUCAGUUGACAGUUAUAAUGAAAUAAUAUAUGGCUCGUGUAGAAGUUGCCUGGAUUCAGUAUUGAGUCUGUUCAAACAAGCAGCUGAACCUGAGUUUAGCAACAACUCCAUUGAUUGCAGAGAACCAGUGGUGAAGCAGAUGGUUCUAGAGGCGGAUAACCUCUCGUGGAUGCUUGAAAUUUUAACCGAUAGGCAAGCAGCAGAUGAGUUUGCGGUAACGUGGGCUAGCCAGCAGGAGUUGGCUUCUCUGCAUACAAAACUACCUAUUGUGUCUCGCCACCAUGUUAGCUGCAUCACAGCGAGGCUUUUUGUAGGAAUAGGAAGAGGGGAACUUCUGCCGUCAAAGGAAACGCGUAACCUCUUGUUACAGACUUGGUUACAGCCAUUGAUCAAUGACUACAGCUGGUUGCAGCACGGAUGCAGGUCGUUUGACCGUAAGGUAGUGGAGGAAGGAAUCGGCAGAACAAUCCUAACGCUCCCUCUAGAGGAGCAGCAGAGUAUUUUACUUUCUUGGUUAGGCAGUUUCCUCAAGGCUGGUGAUAAUUGUCCAAAUCUUCAGAGAGCAUUUGAAGUCUGGUGGCGUCGGACUUUUGUCAGACCAUAUGCAGAGUCAGGAAAUAUCCGCCAAUUAGACCACUUGAUGACUCCAAAGAUGACAGAACAUUAGAAGCUGAUGUAUAAUUGAAGAUCAGUGUUUUUGUUGUAUGCAAUCAAGAAAGGAUGAGGUUGUAAAAUUCAAUGGUGUAAAGUGUUUUAAGAAGGGCUUUCUUAAAUGAAGGGAUAAGCUCUCUCAGUCGUAUAAAGCCUAACUGAUUCCAAGAAUUCCUUGUGUGAAUCAUGUAAAUCUUCAAGAAUAUCAUUUCAAUUGUCCAAUUUGGUGUGUUAGUGAUUUUGUAACAGGUAUGUAAUACAAGUUGGUUGUGUUAAUUUGUAGUUUGAAUCAAAUUUUCUGACAGGA